AUGAAAUAUAAAGUUGAUGAUUCAAAGUUAUUCAAAGAUUAUUAUGAAGGUUGUAUACGCAUUGCAUUUUCAUCGAAUGAUGAUCAAUUAUUGUAUAGUGCAGGAUUACCAGAUUUAAAUUUGCGUGUAUCGUAUAUAUUACAACAAAAACCUGUCACAUGUUUAUCACCAGUGGAUGAACAACACGAGAACAGGCGGCAUUACUGACCAUCUUGUUAGUGAUUUAGACUGUUCUGUUUUUCCCGUUGUUUUUGUUGUAUUGUAUUAGUUAAUUCGCUUAAAGGUUGACGAAUUUGGCUAUUACUACAUGUUAGCUUGAUUCCACACAGUAUUUUGGCACAACUGUGCAAUUUUCAGCAUGUGAUAUCGGUAGCCCAAAUUUAGCAUACGGACAAUUCAAAUCAGUUGUGUGUCAUCAGAGGAUCGAAGCCCGGACCAUGUACAUGGUCGGUGAGACUCCAGCAGUAACGGAUAAUUACCUUGCAAAAUGAAGCUCCAUUGACCAAGAAGCACUGCGAAGUCUUAAAAUCAGUCUGAAUAAUCGACACUGAUCAUAUCUGUUGUUAUUAUUAUUAUCUCUCUUUUUUGACGACGAUACCGGAGGACUAAUUGUCGAGAGGAUCAACUGCAUUUACAGCAGUAACAGUCUUAACAUACAGAAUACUAUAAACAACAUGUAAUUGAUCCUAGCACCACUUGUUUUGUAGUCAACCAAGGCUACGGUAGUCUAGUGGCGAGACGAACUACACAGAAGUUUACCGAAGACCAGGAAUCUUUACCUCACAAUCAAAAGGCGAGCACAUUGCUCAGGUGCAUUCUCUGACUGGGAUUGAUUUAUACUAGCUCGCAGAAACGAUAUUGGAUACAUAUUGGAUAUUGGAACGCAAUUUUUGUAUGGCUUCUGAAAUACCAUUUGGUUUUUCAAUGAGAAAAUGAAAGAGAAUUGUCGUAUUGUAUUGAGCUUUACUUCAAACACUCUUCACUUAUCUACUUCAAUACUCAUUACGAGAAGCUACUAAUUUUCGAGAAACUGUGAUGAGACUACUGUAUUUUUGUGCAUGCAAAAUUUCAAGAAUAUAAAUUUUAUUAUUGAUAA